AAAAACAAGUACAAUGUCUUACAAAUAAUCAAAGUAUUAGCAAGUUAUAAUUUCCUUAUCAUUUGAUAAUACGAUAAUUUUAUGGAAGAUAUCGGCCACAGUCGAUUACUGAAAUUCUUCGUAAAAGGAAAAAUCAUGUCUGAUACAGACAAAAAAGACAAUGAUACAAACAUCGAAUCAAAAGUACCAGGUGAGCAGGAAGUACGAGGAGUGACCGCGAGCGAGACAAAUAUAUCACAAGCUGAAGGAACCAGCGAGACAGACUUCCACUAUGAGCCUGUAAUAACAGUGACGAAGAAAGAAGCGUCCUUCGCGAAAGGCGAUUUGAAACUACAGAAAAUCAGCGUCACGGAAGAUAUAUCGGAUAAAACGAAAAAUGAGACAAUUAUCAACGAAGUACAAAUAAUUACGGACAAAGACGGUGCCUGUGAAGUGACACACACACAAACAAUUGAGACGGUGAAAAAGGUUGAGAAUACGACACCGACCCGAGAAAUAGAGAAACAAGAUGAAAAGAAACCACGAACUAAAAUUCCAAUGUCUAAAUUAAGGCGGGCUGUUAAAAAGAUAACGGAAGAAAGAAAGAAAUAUGAAGAAGCUGAAAGACAAAAAAUGUCUGCUCAACAGCGCAAGUCUUCCAUUCCUCGACUGAAACAUACAGUUGUAACAGCCACCACAAGUAAAGAAGAAGCAAGAACUGCUUCCCCAAGAACAGAUGAAGAAUUUGACAAGCUGUUCGAAGAAAUCGUUGUCAAUCAGAGCGCGGAUGAAAGUCCACUAAUAAAGGACCCAGAAAAACUAGACUCCAAGUUCGAAGAAUUAAUUCACGCUUACGAUGAAAAUAAAAUCGAACCAAUUAGCAUUGACAGAGUGAAAACCAGGAUCCCCAUGCUAAAACGUAAAAGUGAACAUGAAAUUGAUAUGUCAAAAUAUUCGGAGCGCAGGAGAAAUGCAUCUCUUAAAAAGAGAGGAUCAGUUGAUAGUUCAACGCACAACUCUUUGACAACUAUGAACGUUAAAGAAUCGAAAAUACAAUCGCAAACAAUACAAAAAACUUUUACACAACAAAGAACUAAACUACAAUCUGAAACAAAAACAACUCAACAACAAUUAUCAAAGAUUGCAGUCAAUAAUAGUCAAGACAAUCAAGAACAGAUAAGUUCAUCAAAGGUAGUUAAGGAAACGACACGAUCAUCCGAUAAUAAUGAAGAUGUUAAUUUUGAAAAUGAGGAAAGCCAAUUUACCCAUAGUGAAAAUUCCGAAGUCUCUAAUGAAUCUGUGAAUUCAACAAAACAUAACGAAAACACAAAAAUAUUUAAGAAAAGUUCCUCAAUCGAUAACUCUAGAACUACAAACUUUAAUAACGAAGAAACAAACACAAAAACACUACACAAAACUAUUCAACGUACAGUCAGUGAACAGCACACGUCCAGUAUAACAUCUACAAAUAUUUCUUCUAAUAUCUCACAAACAAAGGAAAUAACAACUACAGAAAUAACAAACAACAAUAACGGAGCCACUAUAAAAGCAAUAAUAACUGUAGAGAGAGAAAACAGUGCAUCAGAAGUCCCAACGAUUACAAAUGAAUCAGAUAAAACAAUUAAUGAUUCCAAAACAACACAACAUGUUACAAAUGAGGAAAGCAAUCAAAGUUCAGUGAACUCAAAUAACAUGCAAAACUCUAUUAACAAUCAAAAAUUGUCCAAUGAAGUUGAAUUAGUUCAAAAAGAUACAAAAGAUAGUUUAUCUGACGAAAAUACAAAUGUGUCUGUAGAAAUUUGUGAAAUUAUACAUGAUAGUGAAGAUCUUAAAGAUAAAAGGAAUGAAUCAGACCCAAAUCAUAUUAAAGAAAUAUCUGAAACAAAUAUUGAAGUUAAAGAAAGUGCUGAAGAUAGUAAAUCAAAUAUUGAGGAAAUUGCUGCAGAUAACAACAUUAUAUCAAUUGAGACUAAAGAAAAAAAUGCAAAUGUGAAUAAUGAAGAGAUGAGUAAGCAAGAUAGCAUUAGCAUAGUAGCUGACAAUGAAAAUAUGCAAGAAGAAAAAUCAGAAUCGAAUAUAGUUCCAGAUGUAAAUGAAGAAACCAACACACAUAAAUCACAUAUUCAAGAAAUUGCUACUGAUAAUAAUAUUAUACCAACCAAGACCAUCGAAGACAGUAAAAAUAUGAUUGAUAAAGAAAUUAGUAAUCAAGAUAGAAUUAGCAUAGUAGCUGGCAAUGCAGAUAACCAAGAAGAAAAAUCUGAAUCUAACAAAGAUCCAGAAAUAAAAGAAGAAAUUAAAAUAACAAUUAAACAAACAGAUACAUCCGAAGAAAAAGAAUCCUCAACACAUGUCGAAUACAAUAAAAAAAUUAUAAUAAACGAAAAACAUAAUGCUGAUUCAAAUGAAACAAACGAUAAAGACGAAGAUUUAAAAACCAAAGCAACACAAAUCAGAGAUGUUGAAUCGAAUGAUGUACAAGAAAAAGAAGCCAAAACAAGUGCAGAUUCUAGUAAUAAAUCUGCUAACUACCUCGAUGUCUCUGUCAGUAUGGUAAAACAAGUGGUUACACAACAGAAACUUAAUGAUAAAACGAAUAAUAAUACACAAGAACAUUACCUCGAUAUUGUUAAUGAGAAUAAUACUAUUAAAGAAAUAGAACAACCUGAAAUUGAAAGUAUAACAUCAUUGGAAUAUAAUGUAAUACCUAAGGAAGUUGUAGAAGGUAAAAAGGAUGAGAAGAGUCUAGAAGCGUGUACUAAUAUAAACAAAAUACCUGAAUCUACAUCAAAACAAGUUUCACAAAAUCUUCCAAAUACAGUACCUGAAAAAUCCGAUAGUACUUUAACCUCAGUAGAAGAAUCUUUGGGCUCAAAAUUAAAUGUUGGUUCUAAAACAUUUAUUAGCAACGAAGAAAAACGUGUAAUAGAAAAAACUGUAUCUAGAGAGGAAAGUUUCAUUUCUGAGAAUAAAAUCAUCGAAUCUAAAUCCGAAACAAAAACACAAGUAACGGACGUUGAUGAAAAACCUCAAAACCCUAUAAAUCUAUGUCAAGACAAAGACAAUACAAAUUUGACAGACAACAAUAUAACAAGACAAGUAAAUAUCACACAAAAUGUAAACAUAUCUUCUGAAUCUAGUUUAAUUAAUGAUUCUGUUAUGGAGAAAGAAUUCGUUUCCAAAGCCUAUGAAAAAGAAACAAAGACAACAUUGAAAACUCAAAAUAUUUUACAAAAGAAAGUUACAGAAUCGGAAACAAUAACUACUAAAAUUAAGGAAGUAUUGAAGAAAUCUAAUGACUCUUACGAUGAUUUAAAUGUUAUUCAAAGAGAAAGUAAAGGUUUUAAUAGCGAUAAAAGUCCGAUAAAUAUUGAUAAAACAUUAAUAAGACCAGCUACUCCAGUAAUUGACAUUUCACCAACUUGCAUUGAUGGUAAAGAAAAAGAAAUUAUAAUUUCGAAUGAUAAUCUAUCAAAUAAAGAUGUAACUGAACAUUAUUUCAAGGAAGCUUCUCAAACAAGAGUUAAUAAUGCAUCUAAUACAACAGAUAGUUUAGAUGUAAAUAAAGAAAGAACUGAAAAGAUAGUUUUAGAUAAGAGUAUGAUAAAUGAACUAUUAAAAUCAGACCUUCAAGAGGAAGAUAUUAUUAUUCUUAGAGGCAAAGUGAACAGAGUUAUGAGUCGACUCGAUUCUAUAAACAGUAAAAAGACUAACAUUCAACAGGAGAUAGUAGAUGAAGUUCCUAAAAGAACUGUUUUGUCUAAGAUCGCCAUUUUUGAACGUAAAGAAGUAGAAGAAAAACCUCUCUACCGAAGAAUACCACGCUCACAAAGCCAUGGACCAAGUCUAAGGCAUAAACCUAAAAUAGUUGAAGAAGUACUCAAAACUACAUCCAAAAUGGAAAACAAUGUUAAUAUAAGUCGAACAGGAGUUUACAAUAAACAACAUUCGCAUAAUUUAAGUAGAAAUUUGAUAAACAAUCAGAAAUCUGAAGAUAUAGUGAAUAAAUUGACUAGCAGUCAAAAUAAUUUAGAUUUUGAAAAAGACACUAAUAAUAGUGAAAAUAUAGUAAUAAGCGAUGACAGAAAAUAUUCAUCGCUAAAGAGCAUAAAUAAAGAUGAAUUACACUAUGAAGAUAAUUCAAAAACUAUCAAAGUAUCGUUCAAAGAAAGAGAUAAUAAAAAAGAGGUUUCAUACGCAGAAAUUGAUUUAGGUGAUGCUGUCAAGGGCAAAGUGCAAAACGUAGUCAGAAUGAUAUCAAUGGAACGUAUGGAUUUGGAAAAAAAAGGCAUUAUAGAUAUUAAGGAGAAGCCGAAACGAGGAACUGUGUUAGAGAGAAUCGCUCUAUUUGAGAAGAAAUCAACACCAGUAACCGUGGAAAGUAGAAACAAGCCGAAAGAUCAAUCUAAAACGGUGUCUGAGGAAAAGAUGAAUGAAGAAGAGUUAAGAUUGAAGAUAGAGGAGUUAAAAGGAGCUAAAAGAAAGUAUGGGAGAUACACAGACUUGAAGUUCGUAGAGUUGAAUGAUGGUAGCAAGAUGCCUGCUAUUGGCUUGGGUACUGCAUUGCUCAGUAAAAACCUAACCAAACAUAUAGUGUCUGCUGCCAUAGACCUAGGAUAUAGAACCAUAGACACGGCAUAUAUCUACGGUAAUGAGAAGGAAAUUGGUGAAGCUAUAAAUGAGAAGAUAAAAGAUGGUACUGUCCAAAGAGAAGACUUAUUCGUCAUAUCAAAACUAUGGAGCACAUUCCACCGCAAGGACUUGGUUGAAAAAGCCUGUAAAAUGUCACUAAAAUCUAUGGGUUUGGAUUACUUUGACCUGUACAUGAUACAUAACCCCAUGUCGUUCAAGGAAGGCGACGACCCCCUACCAAAGAUCGCAAACGUGAUCCAAUACUCAGACUCCGACUAUCUGGACGCGUGGUACGGGGUCGAGCACGUAAUACGAAAGGGGUUGGCCCGCAGGGGGGGAGUCAGUAACUUCAACUCGGCGCAAGUGGACAGGAUCGUGGAUAAGGGGAAACUGAAGCCGGUUGUUAAUCAGGUGGAAUGUCAUCCGUAUCUCACACAACAGCGUCUAGAUGACUUCUGUCAAACGAGAGACGUCAAACUCAAUUGCUACGGAGUUCUCGGUUCAAAAGGCACGCCCAUAGAGUAUAAAAGUGGUUUAACACCUGUCAUUGAUGAUCCCAUGGUGUUGGUUAUGGCGGCGGGUUUGAAUGUGACGCCGGCGCAGUUGCUGAUCAGCUACCAACUACACGUGGGUCACAGUGUGAUAGUCAAGUCGUCUACUGGUGCUCAUUUAUGGAGUAACCUCCUUGCGCAGGACGUACGUCUAGAGACCAGCCAUAUUGAUGCUUUGAACGCUAUGAACAGGAAUAAACGUAACUUUCUGUUUAAAGGGAUGGGCGACACGCACAGAAAUUAUCCUUUCCGAAUUCCUUUCUGAGAGAUAACGUCUUUUUUAUGCUAUAGCAUAUAAUAAUAAGCUAGUUCACAAUGUAAUUGAUUUAUAAAGUGCGGCAUAGUCCAUUGAAAUGUUAAAUUUUAGCCUUAACCUUUAUCAGAGGAUCUUUUUUCAAGAUGGCGGCUGCGGGAUUACUGAUAUGGCUCUACAAACUUGACUACCUAUAUGCUUCUACACAUCCAUAAAAUAAAUGUCGACAGACCGGUUGGCUUAGUUGGUGCCCUGCCUUCCAAGUCACAGGUCGUGGGUUCGAUUCCCACCCGGGACAUAUAUUUG